AUGCCAGGCCAAAAGCGUCCAUCCCCAUCGCCACUGCCCACUGGGAGUGAAUCCCAUCACAUGCCAACUCCUGAUAACAGAAAAAACUUGUGCACCUCUUUCAUCUUCUUGAUUUCCCCCCUUCCCCAUUAAUCUCUCUCUCAAUUCCCCAAACACUCCACCCCCUUCUCAAAUCUUAAUUAAAUUCAACUUCACAGCUCACUUUCCACAUUCACACACACCCUUCCUCAAAAUCUCUUCUUGACUCACUUCAACUUCAGUAAGAAUCCAAGAAAAUGGCUACCCCUUUGCUUCUUGCUGCUAAAUUACCCCACCACCCAUCUCAAUUGUCACCUCAUAGCUUAAAGUUUCAAGCUUUGACUCACCAGAAGUUCAAGAAUGUGGCUUUUUGUGGGGGGCAGAAGCAGUUGAUGGGGACUAAUAGGAGGAGUGUGUUGUCAGUUCAGUCAAGAAGGAGAUUGGAACCCAUUUGUGCACUUGAGUCAGAUAUUCCAAAGGUGGAAGCAGUGGAGUUGGAGAAGAAUGAGAAGUUUGAGGAAUGGGAUUCUUGGACUGCUAAGUUUGCUGGAGCUUCGAAUUUGCCUUUUUUGUUGUUGCAGCUGCCUCAGAUCAUUCUCAAUGCUCGGAAUCUUAUUGCGGGCAAUCCUUCUGCACUACUUGCUAUUCCAUGGCUGGGUAUGCUUACUGGAUUGCUUGGGAAUAUGUCUUUGUUGUCUUACUUUGUGAAGAAGAAGGAAACCGAAGUGAUAGUGGUACAAACCCUAGGAGUUGUAUCUAUAUACGCGGUGAUCACUCAGCUGGCUAUAGCCGAAGCUAUGCCUUUUCCGUAUUUUGUUGUCAUUUCUGCAGUAGUUGCUUCUUGUCUUCUUGUCAAUGCUUUGAAAUACUUCAAUUUUCUCAAUGAUGGAGUUUGGCGAUUAUGGGAAGAUUUCAUUACCAUUGGAGGGCUCUCGGCACUUCCACAAGUUAUGUGGUCGACCUUCAUACCUUAUGUUCCAAAUACUAUACUACCGGGGUCAGUGGCUUUUGUUUUGGCAGCGAUUGCAGUUGUUAUGGCUCGAACAGGCAAACUUUCAGAAAAAGCCACCAAAUUUGUUGGUUCAAUAUCUGGGUGGACUGCAACUCUUCUCUUUAUGUGGAUGCCUGUUGCACAAACGUGGACAAAUUUUCUAAAUCCUGACAAUAUAAAAGGAUUAUCUGCUGUCUCAAUGUUGCUUGCCAUGAUUGGGAACGGACUUAUGAUCCCACGAGCACUCUUUAUACGGGAUUUGAUGUGGUUCACAGGUUCAAGCUGGGCGUCUAUAUUUUAUGGAUGGGGGAACCUUAUAUGCUUAUAUUGUUUUAACAGUAUCAGCAAGGAGUUUUUCCUGGCAGCAACACUUGGAUUGAUUUCCUGGAUAGGAUUUGCACUUUGGAGCGACACCAGGGUCUAUGGGUAUAAAUCUCCCUUGAGAUCUUUGAAGGAGUUGGUUUUCGGGCCAUAAGUUUAUCAGUACCUACAAACUAAAAAAGAUACUUGGAAGAAAUACAUAAUUUGAUGCAAGCACAAAGUGCUCCAAAUUUUCUGGAUUUCAGCAAGUUAUACAAUUGUGAAACCAACCAGAAGUGUUUAAUACAAUUGUGUUGCUCUAGGUGCUGAGCAUUUGGUAGGUAAUUGGUGAAGUAGAGAGACGUUUAUACUUUAAGAGGCGUAGUUAAAAGAAGAAUCUUGAGAUAGGCGACCGUGCAGCUGUGCAAGGACUGAGUACUUCUGUUCUAUUAGUGUAAAUAACAGAGUCAAUAAAGUAUUUGUUACAAAUGUAGCAAUUUUUUUAUGUAUCUUCGAACUGUAAGUGCGAUGUUUUCUACAUGUACUCGUUUGCUAGGAAAUGGGGUCUAAAUCGUAGAAACCUCUCUGAAAAAUAAGGUAUGAUUGCGUACUGUUCUCAGCGCAAAGCAAUGUGGAUCCUGUACAACUGCCCAAUAAGAGUUUGCUUUUCUUCGAUUA